AUGGAGCAGGCUGCCGAGAGCCUUGCUGGACAAGGCCUGGCAGUGUUGGACGUCGCAGCCCCACUGUCGGCCACCUGCGCAAGGGCCUCCAAGGAGGCUUUGCGACUGCCGCCGAGGCUUCUGCGAGCACCUCCGACAGCCUAUGACCACAAGGUCUGCAUCGCUGAUGGCCUUCUGGGCGAUGAGGGGACGCAGCAGGUCGCACCGAUCCGAGAACUGACCGCUGACGGCGAUCAGGAGCUCCCAGCGCUUCAGGCCCUGACGGAGUGGGCUGCAGAGCUUUGCCACGACCUCCUGAGUGAAGGACUCGUCUCGUCCACGCUGGUCGUCGCUGAGCCGCUGCUGCUGGAGGCAUGUACGCCCCUCUCCCUCACACCGGCUCUGGAGGAGCUCUCGGAGGAGUCAGCUCCGUACUGGGCGGAUUUGUACAGCCGGCAGGUCUGUCAGGUCUUGCUGUUCCUUGGCCCGGCCGAAGGGAGCCUUCAGCUACAGGGCUAUGACAGCGGCAAGUCCAUGAAGGUGCCAGUCACCGCUGGGAUGCUGCUCAUGCUCCGCCCGGAGCUCUGGGCACGGCAGUUCUCGCCGAUUCCGGGAGCCAUGGGAAGGUGCUUCGUCUUCAGCACCUCCCUGCUUUCUCCCCGGGCUGCGCACGGGCCGGAGGACAAGCUGCCGCCGUACUUGCAGGAUCUAUGGAAGUGGUACCUGAAGCGCCUGGAGGCCGUGAAGCUGCUGGAUGUUGACCAAAACCAGGAUGCCUUGGCAGCCAUCCCAGGGAGUUGGGUGCGGGCCGCCAGCGCCCUGAUCAGCGAGCAUGAGCAGGCCGCCAUCACGGGCAGCGCCCUGUGGACCCCCAGCCCGGGCGACGAGCCGGCCAGCUUGGGCCUGCCUGCCGUGGGAGGCGCGGACUUCGUGAUCGAGAUUCCGCACACGCGCUUCGACCUGCAAGAGUGGCUGGCAGUCGAGGAGACGGGUGGUGAGCCAAAGAUGUACUGCAGGCAUGGCACCUUUGUGGAUGGCGCGGACAUGUUCGACCACAAGUUCUUCGGCAUCGCGGAAAAGCAGGUGCGCGCCAUGCCUUUGUCGGAGAGGUGGGGAUUGGAGGUGGGCUACGAAGCCUUGUUCCGCGCAGGCUACAACAAGCAGAGCCUGCGACGGCUGAAGGGCGACGUGCUGGCCAGCGUGGGGUUGAGCGACACCCCAAAAAAGGGCAUGGCGCUCCCACCUCUUCGGAGCUUCCUUGCCUGCUGGGCAGCGCAGCUGACGUCGUGUGCCAGCUGGCUCUCCUCCUGGCAGCUCCGCGAUGGCGAGUUCAUGCAGCCUAUGGGAACCGUACGGAACCCCGCAGCCAUCACUUCCCAAGGCCAGCUCGUUGCAGGCACUCUUGCUACCAGCUUGGAUGGCCUGGGCACCAAGCUUUCCUACAACCUCCCUGUGGGCCAGUGGAAGAACUCCAUGAACACCUCCCAUGUGCCGCGCGCAGUACGGCCCCUGAGGGAUGGGCGGGUAGCCCUGGUUGCAUGGUCGUCUCGGCUGGCAUCCUUCGCGGUCUUCAUCUGCAAGGGCCCCUUGGAGGAAUCGUGCAUCUCCUCCGCCCAGGAGCUCGACAUCCGCCCGCGGCUCGACACCGAGGAGUCCGCUUCCCCCACGAUCUGGGAGUUGGAAGAUGGCCUGGUGCUGGUGCUACAGAGCAGAGUCCUCUUUUGGAGCGCGGAGACGGUGUUUAGGAGCGGCCCUGGCCUGCCCUUUGCACAGUGGUCCGGAAACAUUCGCGGGUCGGCUGCCCUUCGUUCAGGAGGCCUCGCAGUGAAAAGCUGCAAUGCGACUCGAGACAGCCGUCCAUGUCAGCACAUGGUCCUUCGCAUGUCCAAAUCCCCAGCCGGUGUCUCAGCUCUGUCACUCAGGCCCGUCAGCCCAACCCCGGCCGAAGAGGGCCUCUAUGAGAAACUCGUAGCUCUGCCUGAUGGUGGCCUAGCCAUAGCAACCAGAUAUGGGAAGAUUGGUGCUUGUGAGUUGGAUGUCGUCGUGUUUACGGCAGCUGCCCUAAUCAGCGGAGCAAACGCAUCCGGACGUGCCCACGUACUGCUGCCUCCCAGAGAUCCAUGCAACUUCGGCGAGGACAUGCUCGCUACUGAGUUCAUAAGCGCGGAAUCCGAAUACCUGCUCCUUUUUUCUGACGCAAUGAUGUACAGGUUUCCUGUUGUGCAAGGAGAAGUAGGGCAGGUGAUUGCUGAACCGUUGCCAGAAUGUCUCUCGCGACCUACUGGCGUGCUGCUCCUACCACAGGGUUUUCUUGCCGUGGCAUCGAGUUGGUCCGUCCGACUCCUGAGCUUGAAAGACAGGACACCUUCCUGCUUGGGAGCGCCCCUUCAAGUGAGAGACGAAGGCCUCGAAGUGGUGCACAUGUCUCAUUGGGGUCGCAGUGGUCUCGCGGUGCUUUGUGACACGUACUACUUCUUCAACUACUCGGCUGCGACCCAGAAUUCAGCUUCCGUGUGGGACAGCAUCCUUGCUUCACCUGCGUGGUCGGGUGCCGUGGUGAGUAGACUGGUACGCAUAAGGGGCGGCGUUGUUGCCAGCGUUCACAAGACCGGAGCGAGUGUCAGCCUUCAUUUCCUCACCAACUCCACUCCACACGGCGAUUGGCGCGGAGCUGUGUUGGGAGGCGUGGACGCUGACUCCAGGUUUGUAAACAGCCUCGUGGCGGUGUCCAGCAGCAUCGUGGCUUUCGGAGACGGAAGAAAGAGUGCCUGGAGCUUCUGGAACCUUUCAGAGCCCGCCCUCGAGUGGUCCCGAGGAGAAAGCGGCAUGAGCAUGGCCGCGGACGGCAGCAUCAUGCCAUUCUGCACGCUUCGAGCACCUGACACCGACCCACCCACAGGUCAGUUGUUGGGAGCAACCUCCUUGGGGGACCUGAUAGUGGCCAACGCAACCUCGCUGUUGGUUCUUCCUGCCGCUGGCAUUCGGAGGUGCAAUGCGUCAUCCAUGGUGCAGCUGCACUCCCCGGACGCCACGAGGAUCUAUUCGCCCGUCACCGCUGCAACCGUCCGGGCGGCCCCCUGUUGUGGAGGCGGCUUUGCAGUGGUUCACUCCAGCGCCGGCCAGAAGGAACUGCAAGCCGACGUCAUCUCGCUCUUCAACGCGUCGGCGGUAAAGAUGGGCGGCACGCCGUUCACCGAGCUUCAGGUGAGCCCGCGCUGGCUGCUGGUGUCAGCUGUGCUUGGGUUGGCAGACGGGGGGCUGGCAGUCGGCACGACCUUGCAGAAGAUCCACCUCUUUCAGCCGGGGGUGGACGGAGGCGUGAAGGCUUCUACAGCCUUCUCCGUACCAUGCGUUCCCUGGUUCCUGGGCGCCUGGGCCAGGGACCCUGGCAGUCGUUCGCCGGAGAUUCUCCUCGCUGACCAGGUGCUCUUCCGACCCCAGCGCUGCCCUGAGAUGACGUAUGGGCGAGGCGGCGAGUGCAUCGAAUGCCCGGGUUCGCUCUCAUCGAUCGAGGGCUCCGCCUUCUGUGGCUUCAGGCCUGGGGACGCCGUGGCUCUGGCCUUGCUGUUGGGCCUCGGCCUCUGUGGCAUGUCGCUGGCUGCGGGGCGCUGCUUGGGCAAGUGCCUGGGGCCUUUGGGCCUUUUAGGCCUUCAGGGUCUGAGAGGCCUGGCCUUCGCCAGCGCCCUCUUGCCCGUCUUAGCUGGGCCUGUGCCGGGGAUCCUGGGCCCUGCCUGGAUCUCAGCCGCCCUGGUGGUCGUCACGCUCGCGCUCUUUGCCCUCGAGCGCUGGAUGUGGCGCCAGGAUCUUGGGGGCGUGGCUUCCACGUCGGGGCCGCUGGUCUUGCUGGCCGGCCAUGCGCUCGCCACGAGCCUGAUGUUGCUGCUGGACCGCGCAAGGCCCCGGGAGUCGCCACAUCCAUUGCUGACGCUGGUGGGGCGCGACUGCGGGGAGAGCUCAUGGUUCUGCUGCCUGGUCCUCGUCAGCGAAAGCGCGGUGGUCUGUUCCGUGACCGCAUGGCAAGCAAACGUUCACAGACUCGCUCCGCAGUCGACCCUGUCAAGCAGCCUUCUGUACACUGAGCAGCUGGGUCACAGGCGCAACUUUUGGCUGCGCUGCCGGUGCUUGCAGAGGUGCAGCUGGCUUGGAAGGGCGCGGAGCUUUCUCAGGAGCUGGGAAGGUCGCCACUGGGUCAUGGUGGCCAAUGCUUGCCUCAGCUCCGCGGUCUGCUGGUAUCAGUACCUGCAAUCGGCAUUUAGCCCCCGGGAAUCCCUGCUGGCUGUGGUGCUUUUCUUUGGGCUGUUGUGUGUCUGCACUGGUGCCUUAGCGCUGGCGUCCGAUGCCUUCCGAUGGCCUGAGAAGCUGGAUCGGCACUUCCGCUGGAGCGUGCUGUGGAAGGUGAGCAUGCUAACCGGCAAAGUGAUGCUGCUGGCCAUUCCACAGUCUAGUGCUGUGGUGCAGCUCGACUCCGUGAUGAGUUGCGGCUUCGAUGCAUUCUGUCCGAGCGACUGCCUCGACCGGGGGGGCUACUGUGCCCGGUUUGCCAAUGGGGGAAGCCCGUCGUGCAAGUGCGUCAAAGCAGAGGUGAACUGGCCCGUGUACCUUCUCACCGCCAUCACAAGCUUUCUGCUCUGCGUGCUCACCCUGAUGGACUUGGCAGCCUUCUGGUCGGCCUGGCGAACGCCGUGGCGUGAGUCGGGGGUUCGACUCCUGAGAGGUGGCGUCGCCCUGGCCGGUGCCGCGGGGGUGAACUUCGCGAGCUGCGCCUUCGCUCUGCUCGUGUCUGUGUCGCCAGCGGAGUGCUACCUUCUCGAUCUGACCGCUGCCAUGUGCUCUGUCCUUCCUUUGAUUCCGCUGACGCUGGUCGCCAACGAGGCGAGGUGGAUCCUUGCUACCUGGAAGGCAGAUCAAGCCGUCCAUGCGCUGAUUUGGUCCUCCUGUGGCGUGCGUGUCCUUGCAGUUCUGACGUGCAUCGCCUCAGCUGUGUCCGCAGCCCACAUGGCGUGGAUGCCUACUGGUGACCUGAGUUUUUCCUGUCGUGCUGUGCACUGGAGUACGCUGGCCUUUUGCUGCCUUUGCGCCCCAUUCUCGUUGGCCUGUAGCUUGAUUAGUGCAAAACUCCCUCCUGGCGUGGAAGCCGUGCAAAGCCACACGCAAGCUGACCGGAGUCGCAGUUUCGGCAGCUAG